UCCAUUCAGCCCUGGCGCUGGAGGUAGUUUCUCUCUCACAUUGCCUGGUCAGAGUGACACCGUCCUGCGGUGCGUUUGCUGUGUUUUGCCUUCCACAUAAUACUGGUGGACGAAAUGAACAUCAUACGAACAUGUGUGCGCUUCCCGGGAACCAGUAUUUUAUGUCGGCGUGUUGCUGCCACCUAACGGUGCUGAAUGUCGUGACGUCACUGCUCAAACUAUGCGGGAGCAAUGGUGCAGCUUCCAGUUGCAGUAAACUGCGGAAUAUCAGCUCCUUGGUCUCAUCAUGGAUGGGUGGUGAGCAAAGAACACUAAUCUCUAAGACAAAGGGAAGUGAGGUCUUUCAGUCACCACCCUGGCAUUACCAGCAGGUCCGCACUGGGAAAAGAGGCACCGAGUAUCAGCCAAACAACAUCAAGCGAAAGAGGACUCAUGGUUGGAUUAAAAGGAUCAGCACACAGGGUGGCAUUGAGGUGAUUCUACGUAGAAUGCUUAAAGGAAGAAAAUCACUGACACACUGAAUCACACUGAGACUCAAGCUGACUAAAAGGAGUUGUGUGGUUUUGAGAAACUCAACCAUUUGUUGUUUGUUAGUUGAUCUGAAUAAAGAACUAUAUAAGAAAA